UGGGCCCCUGUACCGCCUCCUCAUGCUGCUGCCAGGCCCGUAAUCUGCCAUGGGCCUCAGUACCGAGCCUCCUCAUGCUGCUGCCAGGCCCGUAAUCUGUCAUGGGCCCCUGUACCGCCUCCUCAUGCUGCUGCCAGGUCCAGAGUGUGUCAUGGGGUCCCUGUACGGCCUUCCCAUUGCUGCUGUCUCCAUCGCCACACUCUGCCAUGUGCCACUUUCAGGUCUCCUCCACACACUGCUGGUGGGUUCCAUUUUGUCAUAGGGUGCUGUAUGGCCUCCCAUUUGCUGCUGCCUCCACCGCCACACUUUGGCUCCACACUCCACACUCUGGUUUCUGGCCCCGUGACUGCCCAAAUGAGUGAAGUGUUCGUGCGGUGAUUCUAACUCCAGGGCAUGCAUGUCAACUGCACUGACAGUAUUAUUUCUCUUCCUCCAGCAGACUCCAAAUCGGAACAUUUAAAUUAAGGUACAGUGUUCUGCACUAAAACUAA